AUGCCCGCUUUUCUAGGAAGAUGGCUUGCCAAAGAGAAGCUUUCACCAGAAGAAGGUGUUGCUAUGCUGGAAGAACGAUAUAAGAAGUACAAAUAUGUUGAAGCUAGCAUGACUUCACAGAAAACGAGGAUGGCUGAGAAGUUGCCUGAUUUCAAAAACAGCCUUGCCAUACUUGAUGUGUUGAUCGACAAGAAGGAGAAAGAAGAGCCGUUUGAGACCACUUAUCUUGUCUCCGAGGAAGUCUACACCAAGGCUACAGUGCCAAAGCCUGAGAAGGUGUCGAUAUGGUUAGGAGCUAACGUGAUGGUCGAGUAUGAGUUGGACAAAGCUAAAGAGCUUUUGGAAAAGAAUAGAGGAAAUGUACAGAAGGCAGUGGAUGAACUAACCUCAGAAUUAGCUUUCGUAAAAGAUCAAAUCACCACAACUGAAGUAAAUAUUGCUCAUGUACACAACUACGGUGUAAAGAAACGACAACAGAAAACUGCUGCUUGAAUGUCCGAUGUUAGAACCCUAUUUUGGUUGAUUCUUAAAUUGUUAUGAACCUUUUUUUUGUUAUCUGCAGCUGAUGAUUAUACGAACACCUUCGAUUUCCUCAUGUCUCAAAUCUUUCCCUUUUAUGAAGAUUACGACCAGACACUGUCUCAUUGUCACUUCUUACUUUAUGGCUUUGGCACAGUGUAAUUGUUAAUCUCAAGUAGGAGAAUUUUACUGAAGUUGUCGUUUUAUACUUCGUUUUCCGUUGAAUGAACUGUGAGCAGCC